GCGGAAGAGGGCGAGCGAGCCUGCUUGCCUGCUGACAGGAGCGAGCGAGAGAGAAAGAGAAAUGGCGCCUCAAUGCUGUGCUCACUGAGGCAGUGUUUAAUACAAAUAUAUAGACAUAACAACGGUAAAAACGAAUAGAAAUCAUGGUGAACACAAGAAAGAGCUCUCGGUUUGAGCCAAGUAUUCCCUUUAUUUCAUCCAGGACCAGGUCGUCUGCCAGGAAUCACCUGAACUCUGAGGAACAUAAGGAGCCAGGCAGUGAUGUGAGCAGUCCCUCUAGCCCCCGGAUGUCCCCGCCCUCAAAACGAACACGCAGGCAGUCGAUGCCCAGCUCCAGCGACACGUCCCCCUCGCCACAGAGCAAGGGCCAGAGGGUGAGCUGGGACAGGCCCACCUACCGUACCAGGUUAUCCUCUCGUACUUUGCAGAACGGACACGCCCAUAAGAGUCAGAGGGAAGAGGAGGCUGGAGGGGGAGACCGCGCCCUCAUGAACGGCCACGUGGAGCUGCAGAGAAGCUGCCGAGUGAAGAAGAGCCGCUUCGAACACCUCAACCAGAGUCUGCUGUUCGACCAGCUCGUCAACAGUACCGCAGAGGCCGUUCUGCAGGAGAUGGACAACAUCAGCAGUAUCAGGCAGAGCCGGGAGGUGGAGAGACUCCGGAUGUGGACCGACACAGAGGUGGAAAAUAUGGACAUGUAUUCCCGGGUGAAGAGGAGGAAAGCGAUGCGCAGGAACACCUUCAGCAUGCAGACGCAUCACAAAGUCCUGAGCAAGGCGGAUGAUGAGGAAGAGGAGGAGGAGGAGGAAGAGGGGACGGAAGAGUCCCACGGGGAGGAAGAGGAGGCGGAGGACGAUGAUGAGGAUGAUGAAGGAGAUGAGGCAGAGGAGGCUGGAGAGGGGAACGAUCGGCCCUACAACCUGAGGCAGCGCAAGACAGUGCAGCGAUACGAGGCGCCCCCUAUUGAGCCAGUGAACAGGAAGCAGAGCAACCCCUCUGUGUUCGACACCCACAGAUCACCUGCCAGAAGAAGCCAUAUAAGAGUGAAGAAGCACGCCAUCCAUAGCAGCGACACCACCUCGUCUUCUGACGAAGAGAGGUUUGAGAGGAGGAAGAGCAAGAGCAUGACCCGGGCCAGAAACAGGUGUUUACCUGCGAACCUGCGGGCAGAGGAUCUGGCUAGCGGGGUGCUGCGGGACAGGGCAAAGGUGGGUGCCAGCCUGGCAGACGUGGACCCCAUGAACCUAGACAACACGGUGAAGUUUGACAGCGUGGGUGGCCUCAGUAACCACAUCCAGUCUCUGAAAGAGAUGGUAGUGUUCCCUCUGCUCUACCCAGAGGUCUUUGAGAAGUUCAAGAUUCAGCCGCCAAGAGGGUGUCUGUUCUACGGGCCCCCGGGAACAGGGAAGACUCUGGUAGCACGAGCGCUGGCUAACGAGUGCAGCCAUGGCGACAAGAAGGUGUCUUUCUUCAUGAGGAAAGGAGCUGACUGCCUCAGCAAGUGGGUCGGCGAAUCAGAGCGACAGCUGCGCCUUCUUUUUGACCAGGCGUAUCUAAUGAGACCCUCCAUCAUCUUCUUCGAUGAGAUCGAUGGGCUGGCCCCGGUGCGUUCCAGCAGACAGGACCAGAUCCACAGCUCAAUCGUGUCUACGCUGUUGGCUCUGAUGGAUGGCUUGGACAGCCGAGGGGAGAUAGUGGUCAUCGGUGCUACCAACAGACUUGACUCUAUCGACCCUGCACUCAGGAGACCCGGGCGUUUUGACCGGGAGUUUCUGUUCAACCUGCCCGACAAAAAGGCAAGAAAACAAAUCCUAGACAUCCACACGCGGGACUGGAGCCCCAGACUGGCAGAGCCGUUUGUAGAGGAGCUGGCAGAGAAAUGUGUCGGAUACUGCGGAGCAGACAUCAAAGCACUUUGCACGGAGGCGGCGCUGGCCUCGCUGCGGCGCCGCUACCCCCAGAUCUACGGCAGCAGCGUCAAGCUGCAGCUGGACGUGUCCUCCAUCGUCCUGGGCCCUCAGGACUUCAGCAGGGCCCUGAGGGCCAUCGUCCCUGCCUCCCAGAGGGCCCUGGCCCCCCCGGGCCGGGCCCUGAGCCCUGCUCUGAGGCCCCUGCUGGCUGGGGCCCUGGCUGAUAUCCUGGGGGCCCUGCUCCGCGUCUUCCCCCACGCCGAGCAACGAGACAGAUACGACUCGCACGUAGAUAAUCAGCUGCUAGACGAGGAGGUGUACAGCGACGAGGACAAUGAGGGAAGGACCAGCUCCAUCUACGACUUCCACCCAGGAUCCCCCCAGAGACCCUCCCCGUCCACGGCCUCUCACAGACCCUUCCUUCACUUCAGCACGUCAGCCCUCCUCCAGCCCACGGCGUUCCGGCCCCGCCUUCUCCUCUCCGGGCCCCCAGGCUCAGGACAGACCUCUCACCUGGCCCCUGCCCUGCUGCACCACCUGGACAAGCUGUCUGUGCACUGCCUGGACCUGCCCACGCUCUACUCUGUCAGCGCUAAGACCCCCGAGGAGUCCUGCGCUCAGGUGUUCCGCGAGGCUCGUCGGAGCGUGCCCAGUGUGGUGUUUAUGCCGCACAUCUCUGAUUGGUGGGAGGUGAUCAGUGACACUGUGAAGAGCACCUUCCUCACCCUGCUCCAGGACGUGCCCUCCUUCACUCCCAUCCUCAUCCUCGCCACCGCAGAGUCCAGCUACACACAGCUGCCAGAGGAGGUGAGGAGUAUGUUCCAGCAGAGCUAUGGGGAGGUGGUGAGUCUGUCUCCCCCAGGACAGGAGGACCGGAGGAGGUUCUUCUCUGAGCUGCUGUUGGACCAGGCUGCCAGAGCGCCGCCCCGCAGGAGAAGCCCAGCAGGUGUCUGUGGAGAGGAGAGGCUGGCGGUGGCGGAGGCCCCGGGGCCCAGGGUCCUGUCCCCGGAGGAGCAGAGCCGCCUGGUGGAGCAGGAGGAGAACACCCUCCGGGAGCUCCGCCUCUUCCUCAGGGACGUCACCAAGCGCCUCGCCACCGACAAGCGCUUCAACAUCUUCAGCAAGCCGGUCGACAUCGAGGAGGUGUCGGAUUACUUGGAGGUGAUUGGCCAGCCCAUGGACCUGUCUGCUGUCAUGACCAAAAUCGACACUCACAAGUACCUGACGGCCAAGGACUUCCUGUUUGACAUCGACCUCAUCGUCAGCAACGCGUUAGAGUACAAUCCUGACAAGGAUCCCAGCGACAAGAUCAUCCGACACAAGGCGUGCAGCCUGAAGGACACCGCCCACGCCAUGCUGGCCUCAGAGCUGGACCACGAGUUCAACCGCAUGUGUGAGGAGAUCCAGGACUCCCGCAGGAAGAGGGACUUCCAGACACCGGCCCAGACGACUGUAUCUUCCGGCGCCGUGGCAACCAGGAAGCCCGUGGGAGAGGAGCAUGCUGGGAGCAGCACUCAGGGCGAAGGAGCCGACAAGCACUGCAGCAAUCACUUCAAGCGCAAAGCUCGCCGGCGUCCAUCUUGGGGGCGGGGCAUCAUCCGCAAGAAGAAGAGCUACAAAAAGGGAAUGGAUGAAGAGGAGGAGGAGGAGGAAGGAGGCGAGCCUGAGACGGCCGGGCCCAGCGACUCCUGCCUGACCCAGGACGAGGACUCCUCCUGCGACACCACAGGACCCCAGGCCAACGGCCACCACGACCCCUCGCACCCCCUGGGCCCCUCCACGGAGGAGGAGAGCUCCAGUGAGCCGCCCGUGGCCUCCCCUGCCUCCGCCCACGGCCUGAAACCCCCCGGAGCCCUCCAGCCCAAGGAGGAGGAGACCCAGUCCAAGGACAAAGACCACCAGCCAGACUCCAGAGGAGACCAUCACCCCAUGGACGAGGGCAGCACCAGAGUAACGCCCAACAGCCCCCGGCUGAAGACAGACUCCAGUCAGCCCCUGGUCGUGGAGGCCCAGCCCAAGGAGGAGCCGUCUCCAGCCCCUCAGCUGGAAUGCGUCAACGGGAACGAGUCUAUGGACAGCCUGGACUCCCAGAGCAGGGGGGCGGGGCCAGACAGGGCUCAGGAGGCGGAGCUUGGAGAGGCAGCAGCGGAGAGCGGAGUGGACGGAGAGCACCUUCCUUCAGACGGGAGGACUGGAGCAGAAUUGCAGGAGGAAGAUCACACCACAGAAGGCGGGGACAAGAGCAGGAAGUUGAGAAAGAGCCAAUCAGAGCAAAGCAAGGGGUUGGCUGACGGGACAGAGGAGGUGGCCCCUCUUCCUCCUCCUCCCUUAUUGGUCGACCACCAGCGAUUAGAGGUUCUCCUGGAUGUGGCAGUCAGGAGGACUGAGGGUUACAGUGUUAAUCAGCUGGAGAGGCUGUUCUCUCUGCUCAGCCAGUGCAUCUACCAGCACCGCAGGGACUACGACAAGACUCAACUACUGGAGGAUAUGGAGAAGAGCGUGCAGCAUUUUGAAACAUUCCUGUGAUACGUGGCCCAUCGGGUGGACCCUGGUCUGACUGACCACAGAGAGACACACACACACACACACACUCAUGGAGGGAGCAAAUGCAAAAUCCUGGUCUUAAUACCGACAGGCAGGAGAAUGGACGGAGAGGUAAAGGAGGAGAGAGACAUUCUAUGGUGCUAUUGUCUCAGGUACCUGACCCAGUCUACAGAACCAAACACAGACUCCUGGAGGAGUGGGUGUUGUCGGUCACACAAACACGCCAAUGUGGACAGGCAACCCUGGUGCUACUCGGGUGCUAACCUGGAUCCCCGGAUCCUUAUCCAUGCUGCUCUCGGGACUCAGAAACUCAGAAACCAACCAACAGAUUGGGUGAUGUCAUAUCGCAACCUGGCCUCUUUCCUACAGGGAACUGGCUGUGCACACGGAGACGCAGUCACACAAGCAUGCAUGCACACGACCAAGCAUAAACACACACACACAUACACACACGUGCACGGAAAUUGGCACAUGAAUCGUCACCAGCAGUAGUGCGGCGGUGUGACUGCAGCGUGCAGCUAGGAGGUGGCAAUCGGAUGUCACGCUGAACUACGUCUGAACUACGUCUGAGAUCCACCGGUGCUCCAUCUAUCCUCCAUCGCUGAGCCCUCAUCAUGUCUCAGUCCAUCGCAGGCCAGUCAUCUCAAACUUUCUACAGAGGCUAAUCUUUCUUCUUUCCUAUUUUCCCUCACCUUCUCCCUCUCUUUCUCACUCUUGACUAUUGUAACAUCUGAGUGGUCUCUUUCUAAGCUACCUUGUAGCCUUCACGCCCACAAAAAAACAUGUUUCCCCUCUAUCCUUUACGCCCACAAAAAUGAUUCCCCUGGAUGUUUUGUGGUGGGAAGAUGCGGUUGAAGGUAAGCCUUGGAACCACUCAAAUCAAUCAGAGCUCCCCCGAAACCCAGUAAUGAAACGGUAUCAUUAUAUGUGCAGAGCUCUUGGAACCUGAGGCUUCAGCAUUCAAUCAAACGCAACCUUCGGGUGGCGUUCACGGUCCUGGCAGUGACGUGCUAGUUCUAGUGUUGCAGAGCUGCUUCUGAUUCCCAGAGCGUGGCUCUUCCCCUCCAGCUGUGCCCCGCUAGAUCCCCUUCUGUUUCCGUCUAGCUGGAGCAAACUGGAAGCAGUACAAGUUUUGGGGAAAGUAGUUUGCACUGCCUAGUGUGUGCCUUACUUACGCCUCAGAUCAUCUCGGUUUUCUGAAUGGGUUUUAGUCUUGUUACGUUUACAGUGAGUGUGCAUAGAAUGCGUUGCGGUACUGUGUCGGGUUCCUGAGGAAAAGCUGGCCCAGAUGUUGACCACACCUUUACGUUCACGGUUUUCACUGUCAGAGCAGGUCUUACCUGGCCAUGGUCUCACCUGGCCAUGGUCUCACCUAGCCAUGGUCUCACCUGUCCAUGGUCUCACCUGUCCAUGGUCUCACCUGGCCAUGGUCUCACCUGGCCAUGGUCUCACCUGUCCAUGGUCUCACCUGGCCAUGGUCUCACCUGGCCAUGGUCUCACCUGUCCAUGGUCUUACCUGGCCAUGGUCUCACCUGACCAUGGUCUCACCUGGCCAUGGUCUCACCUGGCCAUGGUCUCACCUGGCCAUGGUCUCACCUGUCCAUGGUCUUACCUGGCCAUGGUCUCACCUGUCCAUGGUCUUACCUGGCCAUGGUCUUACCUGGCCAUGGUCUCACCUGGCCAUGGUCUCACCUGGCCAUGGACCCGGUGCUUGUGGGAUGCCAGGUAAGGGUAAACUCCAUCACCUGUGGAGAGUGAAACCCAGCACUAGGCCCGACCUGCAGGUGAAGCCAGUGUUUCGUCACACACAGUGUGUGGAGUUUCUUCACCUCACCGUUUGUUCCGCUUUUCACGUGGAGUCUCAAGUCAAGACACAGCAGUCUUUGUGCCAAUAUUACCUUCUCAAUCUCAAAAAAAAAAAAAAAAAAACAAGGUGCUGAGGUCGGACUUGACUGUGUCUGUCUUGAGUCGACACAAUCACAGGAAUAUAAAGAUCUACGCAAACGUUAUUACCUAACAUCUAUUGUUGUGCAUUUAUUUGUUUUGUGUUUUUUGUUAAUGAUUUUUUUCAUUUUUAUAUGACUCUUCAGAAAUGGUGUGCAGAUUGAUUGUGAGUCCUGUGAUGAACAAGGCCAUUCUAGGCAGUGCCCGUUGUUAAGGCUUAACCAGCGUUAAGCCAGUUUGGUUAUUGAUGCUCAUGCUUGUUUAAUGUCCUGCUACUAAGAGGAGUGGGGGAACCUCUGCUCACUGAUCAUCACUCAACUCUAUUGACUAAAAAGGACAUGAACCUGGACUGAAUGAAUGACUUGUACUUGACACAAGUGACAGGACGGUGAUGAGAGACAUCUGUAGGGCCCGAUGCUGCAUCAGGUCCCACUUCCACACUCCUACAUCCCUGUCCUUCUAAAGUUGAUUAAAACUCCCUCACCUCAGCCUUCUCUUGGAUUAUAGGUAUAGAUUCAUUAAAACGGAAUUAAAAUACAGACUAAACUUUAAAUCGUAUGCAAAGUAGAAUUUUGAGUUAGCAUCGGACAACUACAAAAGCUACCUCAGCUUAAUUUAUUUUAAUGCUAAUAAGACAAGCUAUUAACUGGGAACAAACAGUAUAAUCACUUUCCAAAAUGUGAUUUUCGCAACUCGUGACAGCUACAAUACCUGGUCAUAAACAGCAUGGCUGCAGAAUUAAUCCAAGAGUUUUGUUUUUUUCUUUGUCUCCUGUGAUUUUUUAUUUGCGUUUUGAGCCAGACGAAAAAUACAUAGCAUUAGAUUUCAAAAGAAAUUCUGUUCACUGUGUAUUUCUUUUCACUGUCCUUUUCCCCUGCUUUUGUAUUUUGAUGUCCUGCAAGUGCUUUUCUGUGAGAUGGCACGGUGCUUUCUCCCUGACUAUCAAGAUGGUACUGUUGUCUUGUCCUGAACACCCAGUCUCCCUUUCCUCUUUCGUCAUAACAGAUUGUGUGUUUGCAGAUUUUCAUCUCUUUUUCUCGUGGUGCUCCAUUGCGUUUGUAUUUAUUUGCAUAAUUACUGAACUUUUACAUCUAACAUCCAUAAAAUGUUAUUUUUUGUACAUUUUGAAAUUCAAACACGUUGGGGAAAAUUGUUACUUACGUUUUGAAAGCCGAUGUAGCGCUUGUGUAGCAGGGUUGUGUUUUUAUGGUGUAUGAAGGGGAAUAAAGGGUUUACAGGUCUCUCAGGUUCCACAUGCGUAUACUUACAAACAACCCAAUUUUCUAUUUAUUCCAUUGUGGUGAUGUUUCUAUUACAUUGUGGUUAUUGACUGUGGCAUACUGGAUGAGAUUCACUUGGCUUGACUUAAUUUACUCAAGUUUCAUCAAAAUGGGUUUGUAGGUUUAGAGUGGAAAACAAGUGACUAAAAAUAUUAAAGUUUGUAAGCAUUUGCUUUGUUAGUCGGUCUGUCCACCUUCAGCUAAAACAUCGUUUUUUUGAUAAAGAUACAUUGAAUUAGGAUAUAAAGGAUGGGGAGCAAAAUGUCAUACAUUAUCAUGUUCUCUUGGUAUUCUUUAUUAUACAUUUCAGUUAGUUUGGACAAACACCAAUUUUUGUCUGGUAGACGAUUUAGUCCAGUAUGCAGAAUGAAUGGAGGUUUCUCAUCACAACUUAAUUGUUUUUUGUUAUGUUUACCUUAAAUUGAAUACUCAGUUUUUCCACCUUUAAAUCUGGUAGCUUUGCCAUGUUUUGGGAUUUUAUUUUGACAUACAAAGUGUAUUUAACAGCCCUUUCUUCCCCUAUUCAUAUUACUUUUGUGGAAGUUAUAUUUGAAAUGAAACAUUUACUGUAUUUCAGAAAUGAACUGCUGUGAUAUACUUGAAUAAAGGUUCAAAUUGUA